GGGCUGAGCGCCGAGCGUUAACCGUUCCAGGCCUGGAGGGUGACAAGGGAGGCUUGGAAGAGCGCAGCGGGCCGGGGCCACGAUGCCCUCGGCAGCCCCGCGCUGGCUGCCCCUGCUAUCUUGGGCGGCUCCGGAUGGCCUGCGCCUGGCCCUGGCGGCCGGGAGAGCGGGGUUAAGAUCAGAAGCUCAGGAAGCUACUCCGGCUGCAAAGAGCUGCCGCCUCCCGCAGCCUCCGCGCGCCUCCGGCUCCUCCUUCCGCCCAAGCGUGGCCAAGUGAGCACUGCUCCGGCCGCAGGUAGCGGAGGCGCGGGAGGUGGCGCGCGGGACCUGAGCGGAACGCCCAGGGAGGGGCCGACGGACACGCGGACAGACGGAUUCCCCAAUCCCCAGCCCCGGACCUUAGCGACCAUCCGCGCCGGCCAUGUGGGGAACUGGGAUCACGGCGGAGGGCCUGUCGGUGGCACCGGCCCCGCCACCACUGCUGCCGCUGUUGCUGCUGCUGGCGCUGGCGUUGGUGGCGCCCUCGCGGGGCGGCGGGGGCUGCGCGGAGCUGGCGUGCGGCGAGCGAGAGCGCUGCUGCGACGCGGCCAACGCCACGGCGGCGCGCUGCUGCAAGCUGCCGCUGCACGCCUUUCUCGACAACGUGGGCUGGUUCGUGCGCAAGCUCUCGGGGCUGCUCAUCCUGCUCGUACUCUUCGCCAUCGGCUACUUCCUGCAGCGCAUCAUCUGCCCCAGCCCCCGCAGGUACCCGCGAGGGCAAGCGCGGCCUGGGCAGGCGCGUCCCGGCACGCCCGGAGACGCGGGGACGCCGGGGGCCGCCGGGCCGCCCGACGACGACGACGACGACGAUUCGCCCGCGCUACUGCGGGAUGAGGCUGCCGCCGGCUCUCAGGACUCGCUCCUGGACAGUGGCUGUGGUGGUCGGGGCCGGGGAGGCGGCGGGUUCUCGGUCGCCUCCUGCGCUUCGGAGCACGAGCUGCGGUUAGUCUCGCCGGCCUUCUUGCAACUGCCCAGCUACGAGGAGGUCAAGUACCUGCCAACCUACGAGGAGUCCAUGCGGCUGCAGCAGCUCAGCCCCGGGGAAGUCGUGCUGCCCGUGUCAGUGCUGGGCCGCCCUCGAGGGAGCGACUCCGGGGAGCCCGACGGCGGCGAGGGCCGCUUCCCGCUCGUCUGAGCGCCCGGGACCGCUCGAGGACCACGCGGACACAACUGGGCUGGGGACUGCGGGUGGGGCGCCACGUCUGGGAUGGCCGUGGCCGCCAACCACCGCCCGAGACCUCGCCUGCCACCUCAACCUAGUCGCCCAAUCGCCGGGGCCUGGGUUGGGGUCAUGCUCUCCCCGCCCCUCCCCCCCUAAGUUUCCCAACGUUUCACUCGGUUCGAGGAAACGUUAGGCUCGCGCGGCCUGGCGACAGCAGGGGACGAGCCCAGAGCGCAACUUCGGAGGACGGUCCCCGCCCUCAGACUGGGUUCGCUCGGAAGUGCCCGCGUCCCGAAUCGGAGAGAACGGCGAGCCCGCCAGUGCGCGGGGAGAAGGGGCGAGGGGGAAGGGGCGCAGCACGGGGGAGCGGCGACUGCAGACUGCUGCGCCUGGGGCUGGGGAAGCAGCACGUGGGUUUGACCUAAUGCCUCCCUGGAGAACAACUCCCGAAGCCCCUCCAUGUCUUCCUGGCCAAGCGUAUUUACUACAGCUGAUGGCGCACAAUUUGGUGGGGGAUGCUCGUCGUGUCCUGUUAGCUGCUGUACCUAUUCGAGAUUACAGGAAUUACGUUUAUCCAAGACCGUAUUCGUAAUAAGGUACAGCUGGACUUUUGAUUUUUCAAUAACCGAGGAGAUAUUUAUAUUUGUCUUUUAUUUUUGUAUUUUGACCAUGUAUUGAACGUAUCAGGAGGGUAUUUCUGCAGUUAACGACAAGAUUGUUGUCUCACCACCCUUUGUAUGCCUUAACGGCCCGGAAAUUGCCCACACUCUCAUUUUUGUUUAAUAAAAUAUUGGACCUUAUUUCACUUACAAUGGGGGGAAAAAAGAGGCGUGAUCGAACGAGAAAACAUGUGACUAAACCAUGAAGGAUAUCUUAUUUUCACUAUUUGAAAAGAAUAAAUUUUAUUUUUAGUACUGUGACAUAAUAUAUAACUUUUUAUAAUAACUGUACAUUAUGUUGUCUAAGUCUUACUUGUAUCAUUUACCACAGUGAUCCACAGUGAUCAAUGCAUAUAGGCCAUACCAUGAAGCAUGAUGCCAUGCAUUUUGCCUCCAUUUUUCAUUUGGGAUACAUUCACAUGAUACAAAACAUGAAAACUUGUGACUUGUAACUUUUGCUUAAAGCCAUAAUUGUGCAGUAAUGUACUACAAAGGGAGUCCGUCAACCUGUCCUAAGAAAAAAGUGUCAUUGUAUCAGUUCUGCCAUUCUAUGAAAUGUCCUUUAAGCAAAUGGUAAGAUAUUAAAAUGCAUUAUGUUCUUGUACAUAUGCAUAUUGUCUAUAUACAGUAUACAGUUGGUAUACUAUAUAAUACAGUUUGUGAUUGUCGUGAAAGGAAAAGAAGGAAAACAAAAGAGGUUUCUCUGCUUGAAGAAGGAUAAGUAUGAACACUAAGAAAGAUUACAUAUUGUACAUGGACCUCACCACGUAUCCAAAAUGUUCUUAGGAUUGAAAAAAGUCUGACAAUCCUGAGAAAUCUUAAAAUACCUGACUUGUUUUAGAAGAAAAUGAGUUGACUGCUUUACAUUUUAAAAAGCUGGUUGAAAAAGUCUGAUAGUUCUAACAAAUCUUAAAAUGCCUCAAUUGUAAUAGGAAAAGAUGUUUACUCUAAAUUUCUAAAAGCUAAUGACCCUGUCCUUAAUACCAUUUGAAGUGUAUUAAAAUAGAAAAACAUUAAAAUCUUUCUCUGUGCAAAUUGUAUCAGAUGUGUGACUAUAUGGUAGUGUAUUAAAAUAUGAAAUGUGUAUUUUUGUCAUGUAAAAUCAAUUUAGCUGUGAAUUGGCAAAAGCAUCAGGAGUUGAGACUAUAUCAAUUGAGAAUGAUACAUGAUUUAAGGAAAUAUUAUAUUGAAUAAUUGUAUAUAUUUAUGUUUCUCAGAUAUUGUUAACUUUAGUUACAUGUGACUCAGUACUACCCACCAUUCAAACUGGAAAGUUGUCAUAUUCUUUUAAAUAAUUUAUCCUUUCAGAGAACACUAUUUUAGACACUUUAAAGUUCACCCAUAUCUGAGACAUCAACACAAAUAUUCAGAGUACCAGUAUAUAAAGGAUAUCCUAUGUGUUGUUGCUACUAACAUCUGAACUUUAUAAGAUCUUAUAAAAAUUCACUUAUAAUAUGGACCAAGUUUGUUUUCCUAUAUGAACUAUGGAAUGUUUCUUUCCCUAAGAAAUUCAGAAUAUCUAUAAUGUAACACCUGA